AUGUCCACGAAGCCACCGGGUCAAACUGCAACAAGUGUCGAUACCGGUGCUCCUGCCGAGACUGCCGGGGCCGACAUAACGGGUAGCAAUAGCACAAUAUCCCCGCAAAAGACAGCUGAAGGAAUCAAAGGUACCCCGGUACCAAAGUUGCAGGUGCCAAUUGUUGAGGCUACCAGAAAGCCGUCGUCGAAGAAAUCAUCUACAGCGAAUGAGUCUGAUGACAGACCCAGAGAUCUACCUGUAACUCUGAUUGCUGUUACUUUCAAAGAAGCGGUUCUGGACAGCCCAACUUUCCGUGCAUCUAUGAAUCAUGUCAAUGAACAGCUGGAUAGUUUAGAUCGCUGGAUUGAGUCCUUUUCUAAGGCACUUAAUAAGCUAUCUCAAGAAAUGGACGGUAGGUUAACUCAUUUGGACGCCUGCUCCAUAAUUUAG